CUUGCCUAUGGUUACAGUUACACAACAAUGAAGUUUCUAAAGCGAGGUAACAAAAUCAUUGUCCUUCUAGAGCCUCCGAGGGUACAAUUGUGUUGAUACUCAACAGCCAAAUACUAACACCGGAUACCUAAAUUGAUAGAGCACAGCGCUUCAGAGCAAAAAUGGAUUGUAUACGAACGAUAGUAAACAGCACAUAUGUGCGGAUUCCCCUAUGAGUAUAUAUGUGUGAUAUAUCGAAGCUUUCAUUCCGAUUGAGAAUAUCCAAGACAUAGAAACAACAGUUUUCUUACCUUUUCGGAUACCAUCAAAAAUACGAUUAUUCAUUAAUCUAUCAACACACCUACACAGAUAACUCAAAAAGCUAAACCUCAAGUUAUACGUUAUAAAAGGAAAAAUGGCGGCUAGAGACCCCAAAAGUUCUCGUACAGGCAUGCGCACUAGGCGGGAGAUGUAUAUGAUCUCGACCUACAUCAAACUCUUGCGAGAUGAAGGGUACGACAACAGGGACAUCUGGGUCAUGAUUCACGAGUACGAGAGGGGCAAAGGAAGAACCACAGGCUUAGCGGAACAAGUCGCCAAGGAAGUGGGCAUAGAUCCAGCACCACCCGGCUGGAAAGUAAAAAGACGUCAGGAGCCUCUCAAAUUGUACAAGAACCCGGAAGCUGCUGAGCCGGUGCGAGUCCGGUUCAAGGAAGUAGAAGAACCUGCUCCGCAACCUAGGAGGAAUGUCCGCAUCCGGGAACCAGCCCCGGAGCCUCCUCCAUCGCCACCACGACCACCAAGGUACGUGGAAUCAAACCUAGAGCCGUUGCACGUGGCACCACGGAGGCUAGGGUCUGAUGUUCCAAAAAUUCGGAAUCAACCGCAAACACUUGAGCAAGCUUUGCAAACGCGUAUACAGCGACGUGCCUUCAGGAAGGCCAAUAGGAAGAGAUACUGGGAACUAGGAGGAAGAUAUGGACAUCCCCAAUUUCCUCGCUACAGACAGUUCCCUACAGGGGAGGAGAAACAGGCUAUAACGACUUCUGAGAAACGUAUGCGGCGACAUGCCGAACGAUAUCGGAGAAACCCCCACGCCAUGCGCACAAUACGAAGUCAAGAUAAGCCUCAAAACGAACCACCUAACCCAGGUGACUCAACUUCCAAUCCAAUACCUCCAUUGUCUUCGAAUCCGCCAGUUCAUCGGCCUGACAUCACAGGGAUGCCCAGAAGUGCCCUUAUCAGAAUAAUUGAGUUACUUCCAUCUGAAUCGCAGAUUAGGCUUGCCCUCGCUAUCCCCGGUACCUUCCAGUCGCCGACUGCCGUAAAUGUAUUCACCCUCGACGCGGAGCGCCAGAUGAAAUAUCUCCGGCGUCUACGCCGGCAUAUGAGGGGUGGGCCACAGGUGACACUUCCAUUACUUUCGGAAGCAAUCCAUGACACCAGCUUGGAUGUAAAUGAUAUCAGCCAGAUACUCGACGGGUAUGCCGCCCACAGUGGAGAUGUCCUCAACGAUAUGUAUUUGCACAGAGGUUUUCCUCCGCCGCUCGUGGCUGCGAUUUAUGCCUCUAGAGCAGAUUUGGUCAGCGAACUCAUUAACAGGGGUGCUGAUAUUAGGAUGACAUGGCCGGACUACGUGCCGGUCAACGGACCGGAUGACGUACCGGAGAUGCUCGAAAGUGAACGUUUGCGUCGUUGCCCAAUGAGAGUAGCUCACAAUAGAUGCCGGGCACCGCAUGGAUUCCCCAGAACAUAUACUGACUGCCCUAGCCUCAUUCAUCACGCUAUUUACGUACAUGGAGUAAGAUAUUAUUCACAAAUGACCGACGGGAGCCCUCCUGGAAGUGAAGAAAAUGAAAGAAACCGCGUGCGAAGAGAUAACACCGAAGAUACGGUUGCAGUUAUGGCAUUUUGCGAGAGACUACAUCGGCUCGACCAGAGGGGGACUGAUAGUGCCAUUGCGAAAGGUCUUGAAGCGUUAAUCGAGACUGGUCUUUAUAGAGCCAUUGGUUACCUAGUUGACCAGAUGGUCAAAGACAUACAUGUCGACGAGUCAAGCCGAAUGAAAGCCCUCAACAGCCUCCUUAUGGAUUUUGCUUUAGAAGAGAUUGACACGACCGGCAAAAGUGAUGGAGCUUGUCGCGAAGAUCGCGACCGCCGCGAUGACCUGAUGCGCCACUUAGUAGCGCACGGCGCCAGAAUUGAUACAAGACAUGCACUUGAUGUUGCUGCAGUUGAUGGGGUCCAUGGGCACAGCUUCUUAGUUAUCUUGGGGGAAAUUGCUCGAAUCAAUCCUAACGACAAUGAUGAGAUGUACCGUUAUCUUGCCAACGCAAAGCAAAGUGACAAUACGCGAAUUUUCACUGUUCGGUUAUCUCGGAUGAUGAGCGGCCGCGUAGGAGAUCAGGCCCGGUUGCUUUACGCAACGAUUCGAGACGGUGCCCUCCGAACUUAUGAAUGUCUUAUUGCAAACAAGACCGCGGUGGCCUCUAGACAAGCUAUGUAUAUGGCAAUUGAACGGGAUGAUCUCAACAUUCUCGGUCAACUCAUGGCUUUACCCGACAAGCCGAGUGCCGAUAAGGAUGCUCCUCCUAAUGAUGGGUUUGUUGGGCCUGUUUAUAAUGCUAUUGGGAAACCUGAUGAUCCCGCUGAUUUAAUUGCACGGCAAGGACGCAACAUCCUAGAGGCUGCGUUGGUUAUGCGGAAGUUUGAUGUGGCCCAUUUCCUUAUUCAGAAGGGCUUCCCGACGGCAAUUGACAAGGCUGUGCUGGAACGCGUCCAGCUCGGUGCUCAAGAACUUGCCAAAUCAAUAGAGCCGAUGACCGCUGAGGCUCUAAAGGCAGCAGGCGAACCCCCGCUUGAUUCCGGACGUAUAUUACCAAUCAUGACAGGAAGUGCCGGUGACGCUGAGGCAGAAAGGACGUAUAAUGAGAUGGUUGAAUCCUUCAAAGCGCUUGUAAGCAUACUCAACAAGGCCAACGACAAGGCCAACGACAAGGUCAACGGCAAAGUGCUCGAAAUAGCGGUUGUGGGUGCUGGGCCGCGCGGGACUAGUGUUCUGGAGCGUAUGUGCGCGUCUGUAGCAGAGAUUAUACCCGCGGGUACAGAGCUUAUAAUCCAUGUGAUCACCCCGUGCCCAGCGGGAGCUGGUAAACUCUGGCGUACGGAUCUGCCGACAACUUUAAUAACGGGUACCAUUGCAUCGGAGAUGACCUUGUACACCGACGGUACCGUGAAAUGUCAAGGGCCGAUACGCCCAGGGCCAACUUUAUAUGAAUGGGUGCAGUCUAACAGGCCGGAACAUGGACUGGGUCCUGAUGACUACGUUCCCCGUGCUCUGUAUGGCGAGUACCUGAGUUGGGGCUUCAACCAAAUGCUAGCUCAUCCUACGGACAACGUAAGGAUCGUAAUGCAUGAGGCCCGGGCAACCAACCUCGAAGAAGGACCAGAUGGGCGCGAGCUUCUUUCGCUUUCCAAUGGUGAAAGGUUACCUGGCAUUUCUGCAGUAAUUCUUGCCGAGGAACACCUGCCAGUACACCCAACGCCGGAGGAGGAACAGAUCAGGGCGUAUGCUGAGAAGGCGGGUUUGACUUAUAUCGCACCUUCAAUGCCUCACGACGUUGAACUCUCUGUAGUCAAAGCCGGUGAACCGGUCCUCAUGCGUGGUCUCGGUUUCGCUUUUAUGGACUAUGUAACACUUCUUACUCUGGGUCGCGGUGGUCGCUUCGAAACCGUGGGCACUAAUCUUCAAUACAUUCCCUCGGGUAACGAACCGCGUAUAUAUGCUGGCUCGCCUCAGGGUAUGCCGUACCUUGCCCUUGGUGAUAACAAGAAGACGGCCGCCGACUACCAUGAACCCUUUAUUUUCAACGACGAGGUGGUCGAUCUCCUCCGUGAACGCGCCAACUUGGGACAUAGUUUGGAUUUCAACAUUGAUAUAUGGCCUCUGAUGGUGAAGGAAGUAGAGAUGGCGUACUAUGAUAGUUUGCUUGGAGGUGGCGAAGAAUUCAGUAAUGAGUUCCGAGAGGCGUUUAUCGACACCCAACCCUCAACCGAUGAGGAAAGCCAAGUCCUUAACGAUUUCGAAUUCCCUGCUGAUGACCGCUUACGUUGGGAAGAAUUUGCAUAUCCAUAUCGAUCGAAAACCUUUGCGUCGCCGGAUGAGUGGCAAAAGUGGCUAUUAGAACAUCUACACGACGAUGUCACGCAGGCCGAAUUUGGGAACACCGAGAGUCCUGUUAAGGCGGCUGCUUGUGCACUUUAUGACUUGGGCGAUAAGUUACGAGAGCUUAUAAGCCAGGCAAGACUUACAGAAGAAUCGCGUCGGAUUAUUCACAAUGAUUUUGCUCCGCUCUACGCGUUUAUAUGUAGAGGCCCGACUCGACUACAGGCCCUCCAGCUGAUAGCGCUGAUCAAGGCGAAUAUAGUAACUAUCGUUGGUCCAGAGUUAGAGGUACGGUACGGGCCGAAUAGCUGGACUGUAGACUCCCCCCAUAUUCCGGGCUCGCAAGUAAGUGUGACGACUCUCAUAGAAGCGCGUGUACCAUCGGCGGAUGUAAGACGAACCGGUGAUGAGCUCCUAUGGAAUAUGUUUAAGAAUAAGGAGUGCCGUCUUCAUACUAUGGACGGCUACGAAUCCGGAGGUCUAGAUGUGACUCCACGACCGUUCAAUAUAAUUGACGCGCAGGGAGUUGCUCAUCCAAGGCGCUUUGCUCUCGGUGUACCUACCGACGGUGCCGAAUGGCUGAAUACCACAGCGCCUAAACCGGGUAGGAAUUCAAGCACACUCUUAGACAGUGACGCCGUUGCCCGAGCCGCGCUAGCCAUAGCAGCUUCUUAAGAACCCACCCUCAAAGGCGAUGUAAAUUGGGCUUGUCAGUUGCGGUGCAUUCAUUGACAUUGUAGACCAGGUAAGUUUUGGAGAGUUCGUGCCUAGAAAGUCAUGAAGUCGUAAAGUCAUAAAAUCAAAGAAAGUAAGGUUAGGAUUAACUAGUAAUUACCUAGGUACAUUCUAUAAUAGAUAGGUUGUAAGUCGAUAAUAAAACACCACUUACCUAAACUGUACGACUCGGAUUUUAUUGUUGCUCUCCUUUUGUCCUGAGUUGCCGAGUCUCUUCAAUUUGAUUGGACCGACAUGAUGAAAAUGGAUGAAAAGGGAGGCCUCAAAAAGGGUACUUUCCUAAACAGGUAACUAGGUAGUUAUAAUUCGAAGUAUCAAAGUAUGUAUCGAAGUAUCAGGUAAGCGAUAAGAAAUGAUUAUGCAAGAACGAUAAUCUAAGCCACAAUGACAUAUGA